GUUUGCUGCACGAACGCGCAGCCGGCGCCGGGCGGCUCGGGGACCUCGGGCGCGCCCGCGGGCGUGGUGCCCGACACCCAGCGGCCCGACUAUGACGUCUGGAAGUUCUGCAAGUCGUACCCACUCAGCGUGGCCUGCGCGCACUCCCGACGGCUUAAUGCUCGUCCCACACUUCGGGAGUCGGCGUACUUUGAUGCCGACGCCGACGCCAGGCGGCUCAAGUCUGCCAUCGGCUACUUUGACGCCACGGACGACGAGCUGAUCGAUGUCCUGACCAAGAGAACCUUCUCCGAGAGGGCACUCAUAUCGCAGGCUUACUCCAAUCUCUAUGGCAAGAACCUGUACAGGGACGUGACCAGGACAACGCGCGGCCACUUCGAGAACCUCAUGCAGGCGCUGCUUCGGGGAAGCACCUACUACGAGUACCUGGCGCAGGAGCUGCACGACGGCAUGGACCGCAUCGGCACCGACGAGGACACCGUGCUGGAAACGCUCAUCAGCAGCACCAACGACGAGAUCAAGAUCAUCGCGCCGCUCUACUACGCCAUCGAGCAGGACACGCUGCUGGAUGACAUCAAGGGCGACUUCAGAAGCGACCUGGAGGACAUCCUGGUAACGCUCGUCAACGGCAGCCGAGACAACAGCUUCAAAGUCAGCAAGCAGCGAGCCAGAGAACAGGCGGCUGCUCUUUACCAAGACGGAGAAAACCGCCUCGGUACCCAAGAGGAGACGUUCAAGUACUACCUGACGCGCGAGAACUACGCGCAGCUGGCCCUCAUCUUCUCGGAGUACGAGCAGCUCGCCGGACAGUCCUUCACCGAAGCCCUGGAGGACGAGUUCUCGCGUCAUGUCGAGGACGCCGUGCUGGCCAUUGUGGAGGUGACCCGUAACCUGCCGCGCUACUUCGCGCUGCGCCUGCACGACGCGCUGUGGGGUCGAGGACCGCUCAGCAAGGACGACAGCUCCCUGAUCCGGAUCGUGGUGUCGCGCGCCGAGAUCGACCUGGCCACCAUCGCCGAGGAGUACAGGCUGAAGUACGGCCGCGCGCUCGUCGACGACAUCGAGCUCAAGUCCACUGGGGACUAUGAGGAGGCGCUCGUCUCACUCUGCGGCCGCAGCCCCAGCAAGUGACUUGCCACCAACGACCGGUGACAUGCGCUGUGGCUAGUGACGAUUCAUAGCCAGAAGCCUAAAUGCGACCUGUUUCCAAGCGCUAUGCGUUUUCUGACAAUAUCACAGUAUCAAACAAACCUGGCCAAUAUCUGAUUCUUGUGGAGAUUACAACGAUCCGCAGUCUGCGCCCAACGUUUUAGGUCGCGCUCGCUUGUCGCGUCCUUUCUUGCGCGGAUUUGGCAAUGUGAAGAACUGUAGAGACUGAUAAAUAAAUUGAUGUAUCUGGG